ACUCGCGGGCCUUCGAGUCUGUUUUCCCUUUCUUGCUCUCUCUUUCUCGCUCUCUCAUCCUUCCCAUUUCUGCUACAAUAAGCAACCGGGAAGUGACGACCUCGCGCUGUUCGACGGAAUUCUUGAUCGGAGAAUCUGGCGCCGAUGGAGGCGUGCCAGGGGAUCCACCACCGCUGGACGCUCCGCGGCCUGGUCGCCUCUUUCGUUGACCUCGCCCUCGUCUAUCUCUUCCUCUGCGCAGCCGCCUUCGCCUUCUUCGUUUCCAAGGCCCUAUCCUUCGUCGGACUUUCCGCCCCAUGCUCCUGUGACCUCGUCCUCAUCGAACGCCGCCCUCAGCGUCAGCGUCAGCGUCGGGAGCAGCAGCCUACUCUCGGCUGCCUCCAGCGGUUCCUCCUUGACUACCCUGCCGGAAAGAUCGGAGGCGUCUUUGAUUCCGUCUGCACGGGCGAAUCGAGAGCCUCCCGUGUUGGAAGGUGCGACAAUUUCCGACUCGUCAAUCGUACUGGUGAGGAUAGAGGAGGCGCUUCCGACGGCGGCGGUAUGUUGGAGAUGGACCGAGGUGAGGAGUCUUGCAGCUCGGUGUCCCAACCGCGUGCACGAGAUUCCAAGAACCUGAGGCUUCUGAAUAACCAUAACCAUUUGGCAGAUAGAGGAGAAUCUUCAAACUACCGAGAUAAGGAUUUUGCCGAUGUAAAGGGGAACGCGGUCCUCCGACAAGAGAGGUCACCGAAUGUACUCAAACGAUGGAGACUACAGAAGAAGAAUAUUUCCAUCAAAAGCGCUUCUUUGUCUGACUUACCUUCUUCUGCGGAGGUGGGUCGGAAAGGGGAAAUGACCAUUGUUACUCCUUUGUGCACCAACGACCCUCUUCCUCUAGUACAGAGCAUUGCAAAUGCCAUUCCUGGAACCAAUUAUUUUUUUACAGGUGACCAGAAUGCUAUGGCUGAAGAAGUCAGUUCUACUAAUGCAUUGCAAACUACGGCUAAGGUCUUAUCUAAUGGCAUUGGGAGAUUUUGUGAUGAAGAUAAAAAUGAAUGUGAUGUAACAAGAGAACUGAGACAAGCACUCAAAGAAGAAAGGUAUGCUCGAGCUGCCCUUUAUCAGGAUCUGGAAAAAGAGAGGAGCGCUGCUGCAAGUGCAGCUGAUGAAGCAAUGGCCAUGAUACUCAGACUCCAGAAGGAGAAAUCAGCAAUUCAAAUGGAAGCUCGGCAAUAUGGGACCAUGGCAGAAGAGAAAUCUGCAUAUGAUGAAGAAGAAAUGAAGAUUCUUAAGGAUAUCAUUGUGCGGCAAGAAAGAGAGAAGUAUGCAUUGCAGAAAGAAGUUGAGGCAUACCAGCAAAUGCUUGUCAGUGCUGCUGGUGCUAAGCAGAUAUUAGGGAGUGAUUCGUCUAGUGCAGUGGAAUUAAUUGACAACAAAACUGGUACUUCAAUUGGUUCAUUUGAUGAUACCGAACUCAUGCUAAAAACGGUCUAUGAAUCCAUCAAAAAGAAUGAAAGGUUUCAUGGUGAAGUACAACGUGAUGAAAUAGAGUUUUUGGUGGCUUCUGGACAGAAAUCCUUUGCAGAACUUGCAAAAGAACCAACUAUGACUGAAGAGUUACAACAUUCAAGCAAUGUAGGUAACCAGUGCAAUGCUGAGGAGCAACUUUCAGAUUUUCCAAUUGAUACAAAUGAUUGCCAUGUGCAGGAAAAAGGUAUGUUAACAAUAGAAAAUAUUCUACCUUCAAUCCAAAGCCAUGAGUCUAGCUAUGGAAAUGGCUCUAGCUCGCCUAGGUUAAUUGAGGCACAAUAUAAUGUUUUCCAUGCUCCUUCUAUUUAUCUAAGCGAUACAGAAGAUAAAACACAAGAUAGGAAAUCUGAGGUUGGAGUUUCAUUAAAUGAUUUGUGCAUCAGGAAAAGUCUACGUGCAGAUGAAGUAGGUUCCAUCUCAUCUCAGGUUGAUACUGAAGCAAGUGUUCUUGAUGUGCAUGUAAUUGAUGAUGAAAUAGACAUGAAUAGAGAGGGAAAUAUGGGACAGUUAAAUACUCCUCAGGUGGUAUUGAGCAGAUCGCACAGAAGUGUGCCAAAAGAAUCAUCUUCAGAAAGUAACAGAAGUGGUGUGCCAAAAGAAUCAUCUUCAGAAAGUAAAGUGCACUGCUCGACUGAAAAUUUAAACACAAGUCUAAAUCCAUUAGACACAAACAUACACAGAAGGAGCUCAGAUGUGAUAACAGUGUGCCAUUCAGUUGAUGUUGCAGGCAAUAGAGUUCCACUGUUAGACAUGAGGAGGAUUUCCAUGCCUGUAAUCAAUAAUGAAAGAUGUAAACUUGAAAAUGAAGUUGAGUUCUUGAGGAAAAAGCUAAAAGUGAUUCAAGAAGGAAGAGAAAAUUGUAACUUUUCAGCAGAAAAGAAGGAAAAGGAGACUCGCAAUCUACAACGACUAGAGGAAAUAGCAUGUCAAUUACAGGAAAUCCGAAAAGCUACAGAGUUUUGAGAAAAUACAUAUGUUGUACCAGCUAGCUUUGAUAGUUCCUCUGAUUAACGUCUCCUACAUCAGCAAAUUGCCAGCCAUCAAAGAAGUGUUGGAUCAAAAAGUGGCCAAAAAUCUUUUGAGUGGACUUCUUUCAAAUGUUGAAAUAAAUGAAUGUAAGUAGAUUCUUUUUCUUUUCUUUGCUUCAUUUAGUCACGCAAACCUGUGAAACUUUUUCCUGGCUUGUCUGCCGUUUUUCCCCCCUAGUACUCGACAAUAUUUGUGGGCCGAAUUCCUUGCAAUUUCUUGUGCUUUGUACAGUAGAUACUUUAUUGCUAAUGAAACAGAAACUCUAUUAAAUU